AUGACACAGCAAAAGAAAACCAUUGCCGUCGUUAACGCGACAGGCCGUCAGGCUGCCUCUCUCAUCCGCGUCGCUUCCGCCGUCGGUCACAAUGUACGAGCUCAGAUCCAUUCCCUCAAGGGGAUUAUAGCGGAGGAACUGCAGGGACUUCCCAACGUUACGCUCUUCCAAGGACCUCUGCAGGACAAUCCCUCGUUAAUGGAUAACCUGUUCCGAGGAGCAAACCUGGCGUUCAUCAACACAACAUCACAAUCCGGGGAUGAGGUCGCCAUUGGCAAGGCGCUGGCCGACGCCGCGAAGCGAGCAGGCACCAUCCAGCAUUACAUCUACAGCAGCAUGCCCGAUCACUCCGUUCACGGUCCGUGGCCGCCUGUGCCACUGUGGGCGCCCAAGUUCACUGUCGAGAACUACGUGCGACAACUGGGAAUACCGGCGACUUUUGUCUAUGCGGGCAUCUACAACAACAACUUCACCAGUCUCCCCUAUCCGCUCUUCCAGAUGGAACUCAUGCCGGACGGCAGCUUUGAAUGGCAUGCGCCGUUUGAUCCCGACACCCCAUUACCGUGGCUGGACGCCGAACACGACGUUGGGCCGGCGCUGCUGCAAAUCUUCAUGGAUGGGCCUAAGAAAUGGCACGGUCAUCGGAUUGCUCUGACAUUCGAGACUCUCUCCCCCAACCAGGUGUGCGCCGCCUUCUCGCGCGCGUUAAAUCGACCAUGCCACUAUGUGCACGUGCCCCGAGUGGAAGUCAAGGUCAACAUUCCUACCGGAUACCGGGAACAACUCGAGGCCAUCGAGAUGGUCUUUGGGCAGUGCAACGCGCCUUACUUCCCUCAACCCGAAUUUUCCCGUCCGGCAGCCGGUUCGCCCAAGGGGUUGGGCCCUGCCAAUGGCAAGGGUGCUGGGGCGGGAAUGAUGCAGGGUCCCGGAGGAGUCGUCUCAUUACGAGUCACCGACGAGGCGCGACAGCUGUGGGAGGGCUGGAGGGACAUGGAGGAAUAUGCGCGGGAAGUGUUUCCAGUUGAAGAGGAAGCCAACGGUCUCGAUUGGAUGCUGUAA